CACCCUCCGCCCGGACGCAGCCGCGGCCCCCGCCGUCCACCACGAGGCUGCCGGCUCCGGACCCCAGCUCGGACAUGUCGUCGCCCUCUGGUCGCCUGUAUCUCCUCAUCAUUGUGGGCCUGAUUCUCCCUACCAGAGGACAGAGAUCGGAAGAGGCAACAUCCAUUUCUCCAGCAGAGUCAACCACUGAGAACAUUCGUACCCUGAUUUCAACCUCAGACACAGCUCAGCCAGAACUCCACUCCACCCCUCAGGCUUCAACCCCACAGGCUCGCGUAGAAGCAACGGCCACCCAGCCAGAGAUGGAGACCCAGACGCAACAAGGGAAGGGAGAGGUUGUGCUUCUAACCACAGAUCCUGGGACCGUCGAGAGCAGCAGGGAAGUCACCACACCUUCCAAGCAGUUUCCAGACAAAGACAUCACGACAGACUGUGCCCGCAUGCCCACUGGCUCUAGUGAGGACAACCCCUUCUCCUACGACAACACCACUCUCCGGAAACGUGGGCUGUUGGUUGCAGCUGUGCUGUUCAUCACAGGCAUUGUCAUCCUCACCAGUGGCAAGUGUAGGCAGCUGCCCCGAUUAUGCCGGAAUCAGAACAGAACCUACCGAGCAGUCACUAAAGCCCAGCCUGAGACCGAAGACACGGAUGGGGCCAGAGCAGGGGCUGACGGCCCGAGCCCCCAACCCUGCCCCCCCUGA